CCCUCACAACCGCCCUCUCAGUUCACUGUAAUUGUGAACUCUUCAACCAGCAUCACAGCUUCAUGGCAGUUACCUCCAGUAGGCUCCAGACAUGGAAUCGUCAAAGGAUAUAAAAUAUUCUAUAAAAAGAAAGGCUCAGGUUUUGCAACCACCCUGACACUAGACAAUGGAAACACAUCAAGAAGAGUUACCAAGCUUGAUGAAUACACUGAAUAUGAAUUUCAAGUGUUGGCUUUCACUUCUGCUGGUGAUGGACCAAACAGUUCUUCUGUUUUCAGGAAAACAAUGGAAGAUGGUGGGAACUGUUUACUCUUUAACCAACAUUUUAAUAAACUCUACCAUUGUAGUUGUUGAGAUAAGGGUGAUUUUACUGAUCGAUUCAAGUUGCUACCUUUCAAAUGUAGACUCUAGGCUCAAAUAGUUCACCUCGCCUCUUCAAUUGCUUUUUUCUUGAUACUAAGAAGAUUUCCUUUUUCAUGCGUUGGAUUAAAUCAACUCUUAACAGCUUCUUUUGAAGACCUGAGAUGUAUAGUAAUUUUUAGAUGAUCCUUAAGGAAGCGCCAGUUCCUUUCACACAAAAAUAUGGUGGCAGUACAUCUUCACGUUAAAUGUGUCCCAAAUGCUGCAACAUGGCUGGGAUUAAUUGUUAUUUAAUACACAUACAUCGUUAUUAUUUUUUGUAUCAUUCUGUAUUCUUCCAGCUCCUAGUGCACCUAUAUCUUUGUCUUCUGUUGAUGUGCCACCCAGCAAUUUGCAUGGUCCAAGAAUAACCUUGACCUGGAGCGAGCCUGCAGAGCCAAAUGGAGUUAUCAGAAGUUACACUUUGUUUUACAGCCACGAUGGAGUUGCACCAAGAGAGAUUUCUGGAAUAGACAAAGAUGCAUUGAAUCACACACUCGAUGUGUUAGGUGGAGUGACUUAUCAGUUUGAUGUCAGAGCUGUGACUAUUAAACCUGGACAAAAUAGGACGAUUACUGUAAUGUCCAGGGAAUAUGGUAAGCUUGUUAUAUUUAAGUGAAUUUCAAAGCACUUAAACACGUUUACACGACAUUGUAUAACAACACGAAAAGACCUCAUCUGGUUGAUUAUCAGUCGUAUUGAAAAAUAAUUUGAUUUCAAACAUCUAUUUUGUCUGUUUUAUUUGAUCUGCUCACCUUGAAAGGUAGUUACCAUAAAAGUCUUAAAGUGUGUCUAAUCCAUAAAAACGUUCUUCCUAUGAGUUAAAAUGUUGCGUAGCACGGAUUACCGAUCAACUCCAGUUUUAACACAGGUACAAUAACUUAUGUACUCCUUUUUGGACUAGAACAUCUAAGUGUCUGCUCCAGGGUUUAUUUAUGUCUAACAUUUUGUUGUGUAUUUUUCACAUGGGAAUAUUGGAAGAAAGAAGAAUUCCAUUCUAGUCUUAGGUUGGGUUAAUUUUUCAUCCAGGAGUUAUUUUACUUUAUGAAAAUUAUUUCUCGUGUUUGUAAAAUAGAGCCCAGUCGUGGACCAGAAGGGAUAUCCUCAUCCGCAGUGAACUCCAGAAAAAUCAAUAUAACUUGGCUUGGACUGUCAAGGGAAGUAGCCUAUGGCACUAUCAUAAACUAUGAAGUCAGGUUUAGUGUAGAAAAAAACUGUACAGAGAUUCAGUCUUCAUAUCCUUCAACUAUUAACACCACCGCUACUUAUAUUCUCGUGACUGGACUCUCCUUGUGUGCCAAGUAUGCAGUGUCUAUAAGAGGCUACACUGCAGUGGGGCCCGGACCUUAUAGCAGAUCUGUUAUGGAACAGAUAUUUCGUAAGUAAUUCAGUAACAUGUCUUGAUGCUGCUUUUUAUCCUCAGGUUGAUCUUUGAGAAGGAAUAUUUAAUCUAUGUUUAUCAAAACUCAGGUAAUCCCGUCAUCAAAGACCUCCCAAAAAGAACCGUUGUAGCACUUAACGAACUGGUAGUGUUGACAUGUGAGGUAAAUGGAGACUCUGAAGUUUCUGUAACCUGGACUAAGGAUGGACUCACCAGUAUACCUCGCGCUCAGUUCAAAAACAGUGGCAAAUACUUGUUAUACAGAAUUUUGUUCCUGGUGACAGUAGCGUUUAUGAAUGCAUAGCUAUGAACAUAUUUGGAGAGAGCCGUACAGCUUCGACACUCAUUGUCGCUGGUACGUAGAAACUGACUUACAUAAAAAAUUGCGUAUUAGUUGCGUAAUAACUUACUUCCUUUAAGUAAAUCCGUGGAAGAGCAGGUGUCUUUUUAGGUAUUAAGUGAAAGAGGUAGCAAAGUUUUUCCAAAGGUCAUGACCUACAAAUGUUCUACAAAGCACUAAUAUCAUCACCUUGACAACCUGUUUGCACCCCUUCUUCAGGCAGUUGUUGGAAGGUCACUGACGUAUCUCUCUGUGAACUCAAACUAAUCAAAUGUUUGAAAAUGGGAAGAAAGGUCAAAAAAACACAACGACGACGACCGAGAGAACUAACUAAUGUGCAAGCGAAAAGCACAUCAUGAUGGAGUUCUUGGAUUUUCCUUGCAGGAUUUUAGAUACAGGUGACAUUGCCUGAAUUUAUUUUGGCCUCUUUCUUUUUUUCACACACAGUGCCACCCAGCAUUAUAAAAGAAGUUUCGCCUUCUUCAGUGAUGUGUGAAAAGCAAACUCCGUGUCUUGUCUCGUGUCAAGCAACAAGUUACAUUCCAUUUAACUACUCAUGGACGAAAGAUGGCCAGGUUCCCACUGGUGAUGGCAUCAAGUUAAUGAAUAACAGUAUCAUUGUCACGCCACGGGAUGCACAAGAUUAUGGUCAGUAUGUGUGUCACACCACAAACAGCUUUGGAUCAACAAAGUACCAAAUCACUCUACUUGCUCCUAAGGAUACUCAAUAUAAUGACGGUAAAUAUCCCUCCUCACAAUUCAAACGCGCUUAA